UCGGUCGAUUAAGUUGGAAUUUCGAGGCUUGACAAUAUCGCGCAAGGUUUUCUAUGGGAAUAAGUGCAUAGUUAUUCGAAAAGUGUUUAUUAUCCAAAGUGUUUGAUAACUGCUUCUUCAAUGGAGAGUAGUUUAUUCGUGAAGGCUACAAAUUGAGUUGAAGAGCAUUAAGAUUUGGUCGUGAAAGAAAAAGUGGAGAAAGAUCUGGUGAAAUACAAAAUUUGAAAAAUCGAAAAUUAUUCAAAUUUGAUCAAUGUAUACCAAAAUGUCAAGUUUUGAAUCCUCGGAUGGUGAAAUUUGUCAGCCAGUUUGUGACUCAGAAUCCUAUUAUGAAACAUCGACCCAUUAUUACACACAGUUGUAUCCGGCGGAUUCACAGAAUACAGGCACUACUCACGUGUUACCCCUGGAUGAGGAAGGCUACUGGGGAUCGCCGUGCAGCUCCAGCGAGUCGCUGGAAAACCGGGGCGAAUAUUCACCUACACAGAAUGUACUAUCCUCGCAGUCCGGUCCGGAGGGAUCGUCUCCGUUUGCGAACCAGUAUCAUCACCAUCACCACGGCCAGCCGGUGUAUUGCCCCGUCGGUUAUGAGAAAACCAGUUACAUAUGCGACGAAGGAUACUACGGAGCAGCUUCCACCACGACUACAGCCAUUGGAGCAGUGUCAUCUUUGACCGCAAACGGGGCUAUCGUUACAGGCACCGGCAUGCCAGUGGUGCGAGUGGUAAAACGACGCAACACGGCAAACAAAAAAGAACGGAGACGAACACAGAGCAUCAACUCGGCAUACACUUCACUGAGGGACCGAAUUCCUAAUGUACCAAAUGACACAAAGCUAUCCAAAAUCAAAACAUUACGGCUAGCAAUCUCCUACAUUGCCCAUCUCCUAGCGGUAGUAAACGGCAACCAAGAUCCGUCAUGUGAUUUCCGAGCGGAACUUGUCCCUUCGUCCCGGAAAAUCAACGCCGAACGGAGAGCUCAGAAAAAUAUGAUGCAAAAUCUUGCGAACGAGGGUAAGAAAAUCAAAGGAAGGACAGGAUGGCCACAGCACGUUUGGGCUUUGGAAACUAAAACAAACCUUAAGUGAAGCGGACAGAUACAACAGUAUCGAUCGCUUUAAUCAAAUAAAUAAGUACGUCUCGCAAAAAAACACUCGUGAUAUUCUAACCGUUCAAUGAGUCUCCAAGUAUGUAAAUAGUUUCCUUUUAUCUGUAGAAUU